GAUAGCGUGGGACGAUAAUGUAGUUAACUUAUUACUGUUAAUGAUACUGAUCGAACCAGUAUUAUUUUCAGUUAUUGAUAAGAUUGUAAUCAAUCACGUUUAUUGAACUUAGAUAUCUUGUUAAAAAUUUUCCAUACACGCGAUAAAGUUUCACAUUUUAAUGUGACAUCAUGCACGUCUGAUAACAAUAUUCAUCUAUGCUGUUUACAAUUUGUUUGUAGUUCAGUUCAAUAACACCUAUAAAUUAUUAACAAUGGGAAGCAUUAUGUUAAAAUGAUGUUAUAAAUGUACAUAGUCUGAUAUUACAGAGAUAUAUCCCAGAGAUAUAUAUAUGUAUCGCAAAGAUAUAUACUGCCAGCGAGCAAAGAUCAUUUAUUCUAACAAAUACUUCAUGCUUAUUGAUAGCUGUCGAAUCAAAUACCAAACAUGAAGCACCUACUGACUGUCUACUUAAUUGCAUGUAUUUGCCUAACAUUUUGCCAAAAUGCAUCUGCUUUGAACAAGAGUAUCCCUCUGGUAGUCAUUACUUGGGAUUAUAGAGAUGCUACGCAGAAAGCGUGGAAUGUUUUAAACAAUCAAAAAAGGAGCGCCCUGGAUGCUAUAGAAGAAAGUUGUAGUCUCUGCGAAGAGCAAAGAUGCAGGACAACUGUAGGGUAUGGAGGCAGCCCAGACGAAUCCGGUGAAACAACUCUGGAUGCUGUAAUUAUGGAUGGAGUAACAAUGGAUGUGGGUGGUGUAGGACUAUUAAGAAAUGUGAAGAAUGCCAUCUCAGUUGCUCGUAAGGUUUUAGAAAAUACUAAGCAUUCUUUACUUGGGGGAGAGCUGGCUGCAGAUUUUGCUGUGGAGAUGGGAUUCAAAAAGGAAUCUCUGCAGACAGAAGAAUCAAAGAAAAUGUGGUUGAAUUGGAAAGCAAACAAAUGUCAACCCAAUUUUUGGAAGAAUGUAGAUCCUGAUCCAAAAAAGAGUUGCGGCCCAUAUCAUUUACGGAAAACCAUGGACAAUAUCAUGGAGAAACAUAUAUCGUACGUGAACGAGGAGAACCAUGAUACAAUUGGUGUUGUAGCUAUAGAUUCAAACGGACAUAUAGCAGCAGGUGCAUCGACUAACGGAGCCAAAAAUAAAAUUCCUGGCCGCAUUGGGGAUUCCCCCAUAGCUGGCGCAGGUGCAUACGCUGAUCAAAAAGUUGGCGCGGCAGCUGGAACCGGUGACGGAGACAUUAUGAUGCGCUUUCUACCUACUUUCCUAGCUGUAGAAGAAAUGCGCCGUGGUGCUACUCCAACCGAAGCUGCGACUACAGCAGUUAGAAGAAUCGCCGAGCAUUAUCCUACAUUCAGCGGUGCCGUGAUUGCUUUAAACAAAGACGGAGACUACGGAGCCGCGUGUAAUAGAGUCAACAACGGUUUCCAAUACUACGUAGCCAAUCCUGAACUUGGACGAGCAACGAUGCACCUUGCCAAUUGCAUAAAUACGGAAUACGAUGUAAUUCAAUCCUAGAAACGAUUGAUAACGUCCUCUUGCAACUUUUUUCGAUUUCGCAUGUAUAUUUUCGAAUGAAAUAAAAUUUUGCAGAACUAUGAAA